AUGACGGAACCCCCGGGAGAUUCAGGGAAUGAUACGCACAACCCUCUCCCCCUGUCUCGUGGUGCCCUUCGCGGACCGAGGCUCAUUGCUGUGCCCGGCUCCCCGCUUGCGAGCGACGGGUCGGGGGCGUUGUGCACGUCGCGUCUGUCUCGUGGCGUUGGCGAUUUGCGGGUGUCCCUCUCCGCCUUCUCUCUAGUUAGGUCCUCCUCACUCUCCGCCGACACAGGCCCCGAUCUCCCCCCCCCCUUCCCCCCCCGACCUCGGCCGGCCUCCCCCCGAAUAGGACAGGCAUCCCCCCGACCUGCCCCCUGCCCUUGCCUUCGUUUGUGUCUAUCCCUUGCACUUUUCCUUUUCUUUGUUUACUGUAGUAUCCCCGAACCACUUGGUCAACGUCCCUUUCCCUCUCAUUCCGUCCCCUUUGAUGGGCCCCGGGCCUGCUUGUUCAUCUUUUACAUCAGGGCUGCUGUGUGGCGCGCGGCCCACUUUUUCCCUUAUCAGUAG